AUGGCUUUCGGCGAUAGCAUUAGGGUUGAGAAUGGGUAUCAGAAGAAUGCUUUCACGCAUUAUCCUGUACUCAUAAUAGGCGCUGGUGAAUCUGGACUUGCCAUGGGCUGCCGCUUGAAGGAGAAGUUCGGCUUUGAUCAGUUCAGGAUCUUCGAUCGCCAGUCGGGCAUCGGAGAUGUCACAGAGCUCCGGUAUGUUGAUAGGGAAGAAGAAUGGGAGGUUACUCUAUCGUACUUGGCACCUGGAACAGGGGAUCUCUCCGAGGCCCAGCGACGAGAAAUGAUUGCCAAGCUGGGCAUGAAAUCUGUAUACCUCAAGCAAGAAAAGGUCCGAGCAAAGAUUGUAGUAAGUUGCGUUGGGAUUCUCGUCGAGCCUAAUGCCUGGCCGACGAGUAUUCCCGGACGCGAGACUUUUCGAGGGGAAAUCUUCCAUUCUGCUCGAUGGCGAGAUGACACAGACUUCAGAGAAAAGGAUGUCGUCGUUGUUGGCUCAGGUUGUAGUGCCGCUCAAAUCGUUCCGUCCCUUUUCGAGGAACCUUUCAACGUAAGGUCCAUCACACAGAUUAUGAGAACUGCGCCUUGGGUCAUGCCAAGGCUGACAGAGCCAUUCGGAAAGGCGAACUAUGCCCGCUAUGCUCCGAUGGUAUUUCGAUACUUCCCGUUCUUGGGUUACCUCAUUCGUGUCUCCCUAUACUUACUUGUGGAGGUGAUCUGGCUCACGGUCUUUCAGCAAAAGAACGCCAAGUGGCGCGCCCAAAUUGAAGCCUCCACGCUUGAGCGCAUGUAUAGCAUCAUACCAAAGAAAUUCCACACUACUAUGAAGCCCAAUCAUAGCUACGGCUGCAAGCGUCGAGUCUUUGACAGCGCUUGGUUAAACUCCAUGAGCAAGCCCAAUUUUGACCUCACCAAUCGGCCUCUGAAAAGUGUUGAGCCAAACGGCGUGGUUCUUGGUACCAAUUCUGGCGACCCCAACAAGCCUGCCGAAGAUGCUCGCGUCAAUGCAGAUAUUAUUGUUCUAGCCAAUGGUUUCGAAGCUCUUCGUUGGUUUCAUCCUCUGUCCGUGUACGGCCGCAGUGGAAGAUCUAUGCACGACGUCUGGGAUGAGCGUGGAGGCCCACAGGCAUAUAUGGGAACUGCAAUGGACGGGUUCCCAAAUUUCUUCAUCGCCACUGGCCCCAACAGCGCAAAUGGGCACGCAUCGCUUAUUCUAGAGUCCGAAAAUAUCACGGAAUACAUCCUGAGGAUUGUCGAGCCCGUGCUGAAAGGAAAUGCACUCUACGUAGAGCCCAAGAAGGACGCGGAGAUCAAGUGGACAGCCGACAUCCAGCGAGAGCUGAAAAAGACCGUCUUCCCAGGGUGUACUAGCUGGUACCAAGAUGAGAGGGGCUGGAAUUCUACCAUGUAUCCGUAUGUCCCUAUGCUCAUGUUUUGGUCGUGUUACUGGUUUGAUGAAUGA